AUGGCGUACGUUCCAUUACUAACUCAGGGUGAAGGCCAGUCUUCAUUCAUACCAUCGGCUGGAACCGAAGGUCCUGAUAGGGAGUUAGAAUCUAUUGCUGCGGGCAUUGUCCCGUCGGGUUUUAGUUACACGAAUGACUGUAAAGUUCUUCACCAUCUUGACCCGGUGGAGGAUUUCGAAUCUCUUAUCGAUGAUAGCGCCAUUACCACGGUUAGGGAAGAUUGUCGUCUAGGCGCGGACGUUGACCUUCUCCCCGUUGGGGAGGGAUUGUCUAAGGCCACCAGAAUUCGAGGCCAGGAAACUGCCGAGGCCUCAGCCGACGAGCAAGAUAUCGAAGCUCCCGGUCAGGGAGAUCUGAUUGUAAGGAGGAAAAGAAAAUCCUCCGAAUCAUCUCAAGCCCCGUCCCAGGCUAAGAAAAGAUCGAGGGAUGUCACUCGAGAGGCCUCAUCGGGAGGUACCCCGGCCCGCGCUCUGGAUGCUGAGGUCGUCGGUCAAUUAUUGGACCAUUCAGACGACGAUGAUCAGGUUUGGGGUGGGCAUCAUCUUAUUGACGAGCUUCUCGAGCAUGAUUUACCUAGUUCUGCUGCAGCUACUCCACCGUUAGUGAAAAGUUCAAGCCGAAUCCCGAGUGAUAUCUCGAAGUCGACCGAUGCCUCCGUGCUUCACCAUGCGAGCUUCCAUCGGUUUAGGCACGAAGUGGGUCGGCUCAAGGAGGAACUUGACAUUAAGAGUCGGGAGGUGGACGAGCUCAUGGCCUUAUAUGAAAAGAAAUUGGAAUAUAUCUCGUCUCUCCCUGAUCUCUCCCUCCUUAAAUCGGAUCUAGCAGCGGCUCGGAGUGAAGCCGCCGAAGCCAAACGGGAACGUGACCAGUUGGCUGAGAAGGUAAAGGCUUUCGAAAUUUACAAUAAGUCUUUAAUAGCCGAUGCUAAUACCCUCGCUUCUCAGGCCCGAGCUUAUGUCAGCCAGAUCGAUCAACUCCGGGCAGAGCUCGAUGGGAUCAAACCCGAGCUUGAUUCCCUCCACGAAGCAACCGUCGGUGCUGUGGCCGAGCGUGAUAUUCUCCGGGAGCAACUUCGGUCGUCGUCGGAACAAACGAACAGCCUUAGCGCAUCACUUGCUGCGGCCGAGGUGGAAAGGGAUCAAUUGAGCCAGCUCUCGGGUUAUGAUGACAUGCUCGAGCAGUAUAAGGUCGAUGUGACUGCCGUCGAAAAAUCCAGUGAUCUUAGAGCUGAGUACGAGCGAUGUUUGUCCCGGAGGAGGACCCUCGAGGAAGUUCAAGCCACUGGUGUGGACUUAUCGGGUUUGAUCGAGGAAGCAAAAAAGCUUGAAGCAGAAGCAAAGGCUGCGUUCGACCCCGAGGAUUCUGAUAUUGACGCCGAGUCGGCCGAUGAAGGGGCCGAGGAAUCUGAUAAAGAAUAG